UUGUGCGUUUGUUUAUUUGUUUAUAGCGAGGUUUGGCACAAACCUUCGCUCAGCAUCUCAUUGUAGGUGUGUGAACGGGGUGUGUUCACUGUCAGGCUGAGGCCAGGUCUGGGGGACACACACCAGCAGGUGUUUGAGAGGUCAACGUGGUAAAUCAGCCAUCGGUGCAAACGGUGGCCGGCGAUGGAGACGACCCCGUUCACUGGUCCGGCCGUAUUAUGGGUCCCGACCACAUCCUGCCUGGAGGGGGUUGUGGGGAACCACUGGCCACCAGUUAAUGAUUGGCAGGGCUGUGUGCCACAUGACUCCUGAACGGUGACAACGGUUUUAUGGCGCAAAUUACCCUGGUUCCCUGAGGCCGUUGCCAUGGUGGUACCCGGAUGAAUCAGGGAUGUGAGUGAAGGAUCAGGUGUCUCGGGUAGAGUGUGACAGAGGGUUUGAGCGGCGAAGUCAUCGAUACCGUGGUAAAGUCACCGAUACCAGGCAGGGCAGGUGACCCUCAAGAAUUGGAUGACCCUCAAGGUGAAGGCCAGCAGCAGCACCUGCGGUUGUGGUACAAGUGUAGUGUCUCAGUGUCCAUGGUCCUUACGCACAGAUGAAUUCCUCUUUGUAUAACAGUCACACAUUAUUUUAUAUGACAUUUUCUUUCAUCUCUCACUAGAAAACUUUAUGGAUUUAUUACCACUUUAUGGCCCUGUUAAUGUUUGCCAGUGAAAAGGAACAAAGUCUCUUCUCGGAGUUUCGAAUGACACACGGUGAGGCACAGAACCAAUAUUGAGUGUAACAAGCAGGAAGAGAGACUCGGUGUGUGUCCAUAGUCACCCCCACACACACAGACACACACAGUUUCAGUGUAAGUGUGAAAGACCAGUGAAAGAAUUAAAAGUAUAAAAAGCCAACUGGCCACGGAAGAAAGGAAAAAAUCUUCAAACCGUAAGGGAAGGGUAUAAAAAAAUUCCUCUGGGGAUCCAAGUGCCACUGGCUCCCCCCUCCCCAGGCAUUUUAGAUUUGAAAAAAAAAAGAUUUUUAAGUCAAUUCACAGUUAUUUAUAACAUUGCCGCUAAAUGCCAAGUUGACUUAUCUCAUUCACCCUGACAUGGAAUCCUCCGCUUGGGUUACUGCGGAAACUAGCAGUGAAACGACAACAAGUGAAAAUCCAUUGUUUCUACAAGUUCCUAUUCAUUUCCGACCGUUGGUGAGUCAUCCUGUAAAGAUGCGCAACGCCCCUCAUCCUAUCGCCGAUUACCGAGCGGAGAACUCCGGACCCAAGCUGAAAUAUGGCGGUCCUACACGGCCGCUCUUACCGCCCCCUAUUGGCUCGGAGGGCAAUUGCAGAGAGGUGCGCUCGACUUGAGCUCUUGGAAGUUUUAUUUCUGUAAAGACUUGUCUGGCAGCUGUAAUGUGGCUUUUGCUGGGAUUGUGCUUUUUAAAAAGACUUUUCAUCAUCGCACGGUACCGUUAUGCUCUUUUUACAUUAGUUUAUUUUUCGGAGUUCCUCGGCCUUCUCCUCUUUGUCUGCAUUGUGGACACUUGAAAGUGUUGCGACGGGAGCCAGUGCUCAGAGGAAGGUGAAUCGGGCCACGAGGAGGAGGAGGAUUCCUGCUGAACAGGACCGACAGUCCCGGUGACAUAGCUCGGGGUGCAGCACCUUUACCCGCACAACACCGGCGGCACGAUGAGCCGGGGCCCAGCCACAGGAGAAGAAGGAGCGGAUGGGGGGACGGGACGGGACGGGACGGGACAGGACAUGGAGCCGAGGGUGAUGCCAAACGGGUGGUCCCGUUUCUUGCUGCUACAGGUUCUCUGCUCCGCGUCACAUGCGACUCCAGCGACCGGUGCUGGGCUCCUGCACCCCCCAUCGGACGUCUCUGUCGACUCAGUGAACAUGAAGCACCGCCUCACGUGGCGCCCCCCAGAGGUCUCCUGUGCUACUGUGAGCUACUCGGUACAGUUCCAAGGGGAGUUCGAGCUGCGAAUCCUCAACGGGAGCUGGGAGGAGGUGCAGGCAUGUCAGCGCAUCGGCGCAUGCGUGUGCGACCUGAGCGACCACCUCGCCUCGGACUCCGACUACGAGCUGCGCGUGCGAGCUGAGUGCGGCGGCGCUGUGUCCCGGUGGGCACGUCCCGCCAUGCCUUUCAACAGGAAGCAGACGAGACUGGCCCCCCCAGCACUCAGCAUCCACACGACGGGCUCCUCUGCUCAGGUUCACUUCCCUGACCUGCCGCCAGCGCUCCACCUGUUCCUCACACACUGGCAGAGAGGUGACGAGCUGCGGGCCUCCACAGUGUGGGUCUCGGUGGAAGAGCGGCCGUUCCUCCUGUCCCAGCUGCAGGAGGGCGCUACCUACUGUCUGCGUGCCCAAAUACAGCUGCCUGGCAGCAACAGGAGCGCCUCCUCAGACACACACUGCUUUUCCAUUGCCGACUCUCAGUUCCCCGGGCUGGAAGCCUCUAUAGUGUGUGUGGCCACCUUGGUGACCAUGGCCCUCCUCGGAGGACUGCUGUGGUGUGUGAGCCGAGUUGGUCGCUCUCUGGUUCACAGCUGCUACCCACAGGAGCCCCUCCCUGCUGCCCUGGAUUGUAUCCAGCACCAUGUGGUCCUCCGCCUCGUGGUCCACCCACAGCAGUGCGAAACGCACAAUGCCGUCCUCCUGCUAUGGCCCGCCCAGCUGCACACACACAGCUCACCUGGCAAAACAGGUACAGAGUGCUGCCGGUGUUCAGCUGAAUGCUGCGCACCUCUGCUGAGUGGUGGAGGAGGAGCUAUUCUCACUGAAGGAUGAUGGGUCAGUGGAGUACUGGAGCCUGAGCCCCCUCCUGACUGCUCAUCGUCAGAGUCCUGCUGGAGGAGAGCAGAGAGUUGUGCUGCCGGGGCCCACAGUGGUGCCAUGCAGUGAGCCAUCGUCAUGCCCCCUAGUGGACAUAGUGCAAGGUGCUACGCUGACAUGCGCACACACACACGCACAUACAAAGGGUACAUGUGCAGUGUCGCAGUAGAUUUUGGAUGUGCCUUUACUACUCUUGAUGUUAUUGUGUGUGCAUGUUAUCAGACCCCUGCCUGUUAGCAUCACACACACACCUCUAGAAGUUGCUGCCCCUGUAAUGUUGGCAUGUUUAAACUGUGACAUCACACACAGUCUGUACCUAUAUGUCUGUCCAUCGGUGAAAUGCACUUUUAUUUACUGCGUUGUACGUCACUCUAGAUUGAAGU